AAAGAAUGAGAAUUUUCCAUAUCCCAUUUCCCAAUACAGAACAAGGCGGGAAUUUUUGGCGCCAUUUCAGUUUUGACAGUGAAAGUUCCCCUCUACAUAAACCUCCCACUCACUCUACAAACCCUAACAUUCUCAUAAACUUGUCUUCAAUAUUCCUUCUUCCAAAAAUGGCAGAAAAUCAGAUCAACUCUCCUGAGAUCACAGAACCUUCUCCCAAGGUUCAGAAACUGGACCACCCUGAAAACGGCAAUGUCCCCUUUCUCCGAGUGAAGAAGCUCUCUGAAAACGCUGUUUUGCCCUCAAGAGCCUCUUCUCUUUCUGCUGGUUAUGAUCUAUCAAGUGCUGCAGAGACUAAAGUUCCCGCCAGAGGCAAGGCUCUUGUACCCACAGAUCUCAGUAUUGCUGUUCCUCAAGGAACCUAUGCUCGUAUUGCACCUCGAUCUGGUUUGGCAUGGAAGUAUUCUAUAGAUGUUGGAGCUGGAGUCAUAGAUGCUGAUUAUAGAGGGCCUGUUGGGGUAGUAUUGUUCAACCACUCUGAAGUUGAUUUUGAAGUUAAGGCUGGUGAUAGGAUAGCUCAGCUUAUUGUUCAGAAAAUUGUGACACCAGAGGUUGAGCAAGUUGAUGAUCUUGACUCAACUGUCAGAGGCUAUGGUGGCUUUGGAUCCACCGGUGUGUGAAAAAAAAUAAAUCAGUUUUAACAUUGCAGUAUCAAAAUAUUAUCUAGUAGGUUUUGACUAAUAUAUGGUAUUACUAAAAUCCUAGUACUUGGUUUAUAGAUUAAGCAGUGGGAGAUUUUGGAAAUGUAUUUUGGAUCAAAUGUAUAUCUCACUGAUCUUUAAAUGCCUCGGUGCAUGUUGAUCUAUAUUUAAGUACUUAAUGAAUAUAUUUUUCUAACUUAUUGUUAGC